UCCAUAUGAUAACGAUAAAUGGUUUAUAUUGAAUCAUGCGGAUAUCGUAGAUUCGUAGAUAUAAUAAAUUUUGUAGUCACAUCUGAAAUUGAUAACCACUGUCGUCUAUCAGAUUCCGUGCGUUAGAUUCGCCGAUUUCUCGCCGGAAACCACCCCUCUUUAAUUAAUUUCUUGUACUUCAUCUCCACUCUUCUUUAUUCUCCAAUUCAUUAAUUACAGAAUCCAACGCAAUUAGUUCACUGAAUAGUGGAUUGAAAAUCAACCAAUCAACCAAUCAAUCAAUCAAUCGAUCAAUCGAUCAAUCGAUCGAUUGAUCUGUUUAAGAUGGGCGAUUCGACCGCCACCGUGAGGGGCGGUGAUAAUAAUAAUAAUAACAACUCGUCGGAGAGAAACGUAUCGGAAGAAGUUUCUAGAAUAGUGGAACAGAGUAAGGAGUUGCAGGAAUCAGCUGCUUCUUUAAUCGCAAGAAAUUCACAGGAGGAAGCUUCGUUAAGGCAACGAGCCCUAGCUCUUGAUUCAGAUAUCAAAAGGGUUAAUUUGUGCAUUGCUUCUUCUGUUAAGAAAGGGGAUUUGGAUCCAAAAGAUGCUGAAAAAUUGGUUGAGGAGUUGAGUAGAGCAAGAUAUACUUUGAGUGAAGGAGAUGCAGCUGCAUUUCUUCCCAGUAAAUCUUAUGGGAGAUUUAUGAGGGCUUUUCUUGGUCCAAUAAAUGUGCAUGCUACUAGAAAGGAUGUUCAGUUGAAAGUGAAAGAGGAAUACAAUAACUUCAGGGAUAGGACCGCAUAUCUGUUUCUGUUUUUCCCAUCUUUGUUACUGCUGCUAAGGUCAUGGGUUUGGAAUGGAUGUUUUCCUGCAUUGCCUGUCCAGCUUUACCAGGCGUGGUUACUGUUUCUCUACACGGGGUUGGCUUUGAGAGAGAAUAUUUUGAGAGUUAAUGGAAGUGACAUCCGUCCGUGGUGGAUAUAUCAUCAUUAUUGUGCAAUGCUGAUGGCACUCAUCAGCCUCACAUGGGAGAUAGAAAGGCAACCCGAUUGUUCGCAGAAGCAGAAAGGUAUACAAUUGUUUCUCAAAUGGGCAAUCAUGCAAGGAAUUGCAAUGCUUCUACAGAACAGAUACCAACGCCAGAGGCUUUAUACCCGUAUCGCACUGGGAAAGGCUAGAAGAAUGGAUGUCGUGUGGGGAGAAACUGCUGGCGUAGAAGGUCAAAUAUGGUUGUUAUACCCCAUACUCUUCGUCUUGCAGGCUUUUGAAGCAUAUGUGGGUCUUCUAUUGCUGAAAACCGCGGUGAUGGGUCUCGUUUCCGAGUGGCAGGUUGUUACCUGUGGAAUCCUUCUGAUAACUAUGGCAGUCGGGAAUUUCAUAAACACAAUUCAAACGCUUGUAUCAAAAUCACGGGUCAAAGUCAAAGCAAAAAUGAAGAGAGAACAAAGCAAGAGUGAUCUGCUUCAGGGAUCUGCAAACCAAGGCUCCUCUUGAUUAUUGGAUUUUGUUAAACUUAGCUUUAUAGUUGUGCCCAUAAAGUUAACCUUGAGUUUGUGGUUUUUCAUGAUUUGAAAUGGCAACUUUUGAUGCAUUUUGUACAAGUAAUUAUAACAUUUUUCUCUUUGUAAUCUAUGGUUUGAAAUAUGACACGAUACACCCGUUGUGAUUA